AUGGCCUACAGCUGGGAUAAUAGAGUGAGUUUUGUUGUGAAAUACUUGUACGAUCUGGAUAACAAUGGUUAUUUGGACGAGAGAGAUUUCGCUUGUCUGUCUUUGAGGGCGACCAUAAUAGAAGGAAAGGGAGAAUUCAGUUAUAACCGACUUCACGAGAACCAACACAUCAUGAUGAGUCUGUGGGAAGAAAUAGCCGAACUUGCUGAUUUCAAUAAGGACCUGUUGCAGGACGGCAGGAUAUCAGUGGAGGAAUUCAAGCAGGCCGUGCAGCAGUGUUGCCAAGGCAGGCGGUACGAGGACUUCCCGCAGGCGAUGAAGCUGUUCAUCGACUCCAGUUUCAAGAUGGUGGACUUGAACGACGACGGCGUCAUAGCAGCAGACGAGUACCGCUUCAACUGCAUCACCAAGUUUCCCAUCGACGACGUGGAAGUCGUAGACGAGGCUUUCAACAACAUGCUCAAUGAUGAUGAUCGUAGAAGGGGUGGUAUUACCCUAUCAAGAUAUCAAGAAUUGUAUGCAGAAUUCUUGGGUAACCCUGAAGAAACCCCAGCAAUGUACCUGUUUGGACCUCUUUCAGAAUUCUUCUACAGUGAUGAUUUUGUACACCUAGACAAUGUUUAG